GUUUGGUCGCCAAACAUUUACCGUUUGGACAAGCCUUUACACAAUAUAACUUGUUGCUGCGGAGCGACCGUGGGGAGCGAGCAGCAACAUAAUCAGGAUUUAAGGGAAAUAUAUAAGGGGCGACGAAUUCUCGAAUUCAUCACUUUUUACCACAAUGCAUUGCAUUUAACCACACUUUUUACCACAAUGCAUUGCAUUUAACCAGAGUGCACUGCGCCACUUUUAACCAGAGUUCUCUGCGGCAUUGCGCGAGGAAAGCACGAGGAUGUCAUACCGUCGUACCGUCGUCUUUUCGCAUGAAUUCCAGUGAGAAAGGUUAGUGGUAAUGUUUUGCCUUGAUUUACGUGUACUACGAGUUGAAGAAGCUCGUGCUUGACUUUUCCAACUCCCGCUUUCGUUUUUAAUGCAGUAUGUGAAAGUUUUACAAAUCUGGACGCUUUCGAUUUUCGCGAUCUGUAUCGUUUCAUGUCCAAACAUAAGUUUAGUUCACCAUGUGCUUAUCUUGUCGCGAUCUCUUGAUAUGUACACAUCACAAGUUGAUACAUACAAGGACAGAUGUUAAGUUACAUUUUCGUUGUUGUUUUUUUCUUGCAGACAAGUUGGAAGUAUUUAUUUGAUGCAAGGACAAAGCAUGGUUGGUCAUUUACAUAACCUCUCACCUAUAAAGACAAGCCAAAACAAGAAUCAAUAUUUCUCGCUAAAUUUCCAGACAAACUCUCAAGUGUAUCGUGCUGUGUGCUUCUCUCCAGAGAAGCAUUCAGUGCUCAAGCGCAAGCUCGAAUCUUCAUCACCAGUCAAGAUAAACAAAUUCCAGCUGAAGAAAAACCUGAAGACCGAAAAGGAAGAACUGAUUCUCAACAAGAGAACAAGAAUUGAAGAUCCAAACGAAAGUGAGAUGGAUUUUGACCUUCAGAAAAUAGAAGAAGAAACCGUGGAAGCUAUAGACAGCUCAAUAGAAGAAAUUCAGGAGAAACAAAACAAUACCCUGGUAAACAUUGCUGGCCGUGUCUUAUUCAAUGGCACGGCUGAAACUGUGGAUGUUCGUGGAAAAACUUUAACUAAACAAGAAGCAAUGUUUACAGAUAACAGUGGUUCUCUUCGUCUGGUCUUGUGGGAACAAGAUACAAGGAAAAUGAAAUCUAACCAAUGUUACAAUUUAUCAAAUGUUGCCAUCAAAGAAUUUAAUGGCACAAACUAUUUAACAUUGACCAAAUACAGCAAUGUAACUGAAGCCACCAAACUGAAUAUAACUCGACACGAUGAUGUUCCAGACAACAUACAACAAGUGCAAGUGCAAUUCCCACCACACGGAAUUAACUAUGUUCAGUCAUAUCUAACCUGCAACAAGUGUCACUCAAAAGUCAUAGACAGUGACAAGAAAAUAAUAAAAUGCUCCGAGUGUGGCCUAACACAACUGAAGACCAAAUGUCGUAAUAAAGUUAUGGCAAGUAUUCUGACAAUCACUGCCAAAGACACAAUGUCCUUAAAUAUAUUUGAUGAUAUUAUUAAAAAACUGUAUGCCAUCAAAAGAGAACAGGAUGCAGAGUUCAAGAAAGAAUUUCCAGACCUCAAUGAUGAUGACAUUACCGAGCUCAUUCUUACUGUUCAAGCAACUGUUGUAUUCAAAGACAAAAGUGCCAAAGAAGUAAUCACAUCAGGGUAAAAUCAUGAACAAUGCUCUUUGCAGAGACUGACAGUGACUUUCCAACAUGUAAAUAGAUCAUUCAAUGUCGUUCUCGUUUAGUUCAAAAGUUCUGUUACCUAUAUUUUCGUCAUUGGCAGUAUAUUUUCCCUAAAAUUUUACUCUAAUUUUCAGAAUUGUUGUAACCAUUUCAAUUAAAACAUGUUACAUUUGUCACUAGUAGCACCUGGGAACUGCUGAUUAAUAAUUAUUGGUUUUAUUGACAAGUAGGCAUUAUUACUUUUGUAAAUUAUAGGAGGAAACUCCACACAAAAACCCAUUGCCAUUGAGUUUUACUUAAAAGUUGUAUUACAUUAAUUUCUUGGAAAAUCUUUUUGACCAAUUUUUCACACUAAUUGUCAAAAUAUUUGUAACCAUUGUUAUUAAAAUACGUUGUUGUUCUUGGUACAAGUGACACCCAAAGACUGCUUUCUGAUAUACUAUUUAUGUUUGUAAUUUCAAAAAGAGUGAUUUCACUUGACCUGUGAAACAGAGAAUAACAACUAGUGCAAAAUAGCUACAAGUAAACAAAAGAACACAAUGGAAUAAUAGCACGCAAUAUUCUACUACCUAUUUCACAGGUAAAGUAAGAUCAUUCUAAAAGACAUCAAUAUUUGGUAUAACUUAUGUUAAACCAAAGCAUGCCACUGCAAAGGAUGAUUGGCAAUAAUAAUACCCCACCCCCCUAAAAACAAGGCUUCAUCCGAUACACCUAUAUGAAAAUAACACUGCCUAAACAGAUCAAAUGUUCACACUGAAUAACAUUUGACAACUUGGACCUACUACGAUUAUAAUUCACCUUCAUACUUCCACAUAUGUAAAUUUGUUUUUCCCUAGGGAGUAGGAGUGUGAUCUUAGUUUUAGAAACACUACACAAUUUGUGACUUAACUUUCAGAAAUAAAGGACCAUUAACACGCAAGCAGAUGGAUCAAAGACUAACUAAUGUCGACAUCAACAGAAUGUGCCGCAGCAUUACUAUCUUUUAGAUACCCUAGUAUUGUAUCAGUAUUGUAUUCCCAGCUGUAUACAUUAGCAAAUCAACCCUACAUUGUGCGCAUCGUUGAGUUUAGAGUCAGUUCAUGAAAGAAGUUCGACUGAACUUAACAGUUUGCAGCUUAGUACGUUCUUAACGUGUCAUGAGCACGUCUAAACAUUCAUCAAACCCUAACGUUUGCCAGCGGUCCAAACAUUACAAGUCUGACUGAACUGAUUAGACUCUUUGUGUUCGACAAAGUCAGUUGCGAGACGUUUCAUAUAUUUGGCGGGUUAUUCUAAAAAACGCAUUGUUUACAUGCCUCAGUGAUAUUUCUCAAUUAUAAGUAGCUUUGCCAUUCUGCUGUCCGUGAGUUAAGUUUGACAUUCACUCAUUUGUAAAUAAAGUCAUAGCUAGUACAUUAGAAAAACGGGGUGUCACGAAACAUUGUUUGAUCGAUGCGACAGCGAUAAAUCGGAGAAGAUAUUUGUCUCGCUUAUUUCUGGCUGUCGCCUCUAUAUGAAAAUUGCGUGACCAUAAAACAUUUAGGUGAUAAGAAUUGUGAAGGGUUAAUUUUUCUUUUUUUUAAUUUCGAGGGGUCUGAGUUUUCGCGGUCUGAGGUCUGACUUUUCGGAGUCUGAGUUUUCGUGACACUCCAGAAAAACGCGAAUAACUGUGGGAAUAAUUGCAUGCAAAUUCAUGGUGCGAUUAAUCAGUUUGCUAAUUAAACAGUUUGAUAAGAAAAGGUACAAUGUAUGUUUUUACAUAUAAAUGCAUGACAUAAUUGGCAUCAUCAAUUAAUUUAAGUAGUUGGCGCCAAAAUUCACUUUCUCUAAAAGAAAUAUCCAUAAGUUAAGGAAUGUGGCAUUUGUUACUUGACUUGUUUAUAUAGUCGUUAGCACUAUUUAUGAACUCAUCUAGACGCUGCAUAUGUGUUCGAUACGAGUUAUUUGGUUCUUCAACCAGCCAUGUACGGUGAAUCGUUUACCAAUACGAAAGACCAAGCAAUGCGCUACAGCUAACCAAUGACAAUAGACGUCAAUUUAUAAAAUCUUUGUGAAUACCUGAAUUCAGCGUUGUCUCAACUUUAUACGUUCU